AUGGCCUGCUCCCAUCUGGACGUAUUGUCUCUAAGCCCGCCGACUCCGGCCCAGUCCGUGUACCGGGAAGACUGCACGCAGUGCUUUGAUUCUAUCGACGAUCCCGACGGUCUCGACGUUUGCCUACAAUGUUUCAAUGGCGGGUGCACAGGCCUGCAAACCCAUUCACACCUUCACUCUGCCCUCCGAAACCACCCUCUAGCCUUGAACGUUCGUCGGACUCGGAAGAAGGUCGUCAAGGAUGAACCUCCCGCCAAGAUGACCAAGCUCGCCAUUGCCGCUGAGACGGAAUCCGAUCGAUACGACAUCACGAGCAGUGUCAAGUGCUUGAGCUGUGCCAAAGAGCUCGACAAGUCCGAUCCGAAGCUCGCCCCCGUUGUGGAUGGUAUACUGAAAGCAAACACCUUUUCGCGUCAAGAGGAAGUUAAGGCGUGGGAGCAGGAGCAGACUUCAUGCGAGCACAUUUUGACUCUGCAGCAGACGGAGAGUCGGAAGAUCCAGAGUGGUGACUUGGGGCACUGCUCCAAGUGUGACCUGAAAGAGAACCUUUGGCUGUGUCUGGAAUGCGGCAAUCUUGGCUGUGGUCGAUCCCAGUUCGGCGGUGUGGGAGGAAACUCGCAUGGCCUUGCGCAUGCUACCGAGGCGAACCACGGCGUUGCCGUGAAGCUGGGCUCCAUUACGCCGGAAGGGACGGCAGAUGUCUAUUGCUACCAGUGCGACGAGGAGAGAGUCGAUAGUGAUCUUGCGGCUCACCUGGCGCAUUGGGGCAUUAUCCUAUCGGACCAGGUCAAGACAGAGAAGAGCUUGACUGAGAUGCAGAUUGAGCAAAACCUACGAUGGGAGUUCUCUAUGACGACCGAGGACGGACGUGAGCUGCAGCCUCUGCUUGGACCUGGUUUGACCGGACUAAAGAACCUGGGCAACAGUUGCUACCUCGCCAGCAUCCUGCAGUGUCUCUUCGAUCUGCCUGCUUUCCAGGCCCGAUAUAAUGUCCCCGAACGUGACCUCCCAAACGUCGAUGACCCGGCCCAGGAUUUAGAGACGCAACUACGAAAACUCGCGGAUGGUCUUUUGUCUGGCCGAUACUCCAAGGCCGACACCGAUGUCGUAGCCUCGGAAGACUCUCCCGAGAUCCCGUAUCAAAAAGGGCUUGCACCUAGCAUGUUGAAGCAUCUGAUCGGUCGUGGUCAUCCGGAGUUUUCCUCCAUGCGUCAACAGGACUCCUUCGAGCUUCUUCAGCACCUGAUCAAGCUUAUCACUCGCGACCAACAUAACGUGCAACUUGGCGAUCCCACGCAGCAUUUCCGAUUUGUAAUGGAGCAGCGAUUGCAGUGUCUGAGCUGUAAGAAGGUCCGAUAUAGCUCGACCGAGCAGGAUAGCAUCUUCAUCGACGUCCCUUUGGAGAAGUUACCUCCGGUCGAGGGCCAAGGAGAAGCAUACAAACCUGUGACGCUGAAGCAGUGUCUCGACAACUUGAAGACUCAAGAGGUCGUCGAGUUGACCUGUGCAGGCUGUGGGAGCAAAGACGGAUUCAUGAAGCGCUCUUUAUUCAAGACCUUCCCAACCACUCUUGUCGUCAAUGCCCGGAAGAUGACGGUCGAGAACUGGGUGCCUCGUAAAGUCGAUGUUCCUGUCAUCGUGGGAGACGAGCCCUUCCAGCUGGACGAGUACCUGUCUCCCGGUCACCAAGCCUCGGAGGAGUUGUUGCCGGAAGAGGAGGCAGCUGCCGCCCCAGCAUUCGUCCCGAACGAGGGAGCAUUAGACGGGCUGAUGGGGAUGGGCUUUCCUCGCAACCGUUGUGAGAAGGCGCUUUAUGCGACGGGUAACACCGACGCCAAUACUGCAAUGGAGUGGCUGUUCGGACACAUGGAGGACCCCGAUAUUGAUGAGCCGCUCGUCGUAGCGACCGCUGGUAGUGGUGACAGCGCUGCAGCUGAUCCCGAAAAGAUCGACAUGCUUGUCGCCAUGGGCUUCAGUACGUUGCAAGCCCGCAAGGCGCUCAAGGAGACCAGCGGAGAUAUCGAACGUGCGAUCGAGUGGGUGUUCAGUCACCCGGAUGACCAGGGCGACAUCGACGUGGGUAAUGAGGCCGGAGAGAAUAAGGCUCCAGCGGGGAGUGCCGAGCUGCCUGCCAACUUCCAGCUACACAGCAUUGUAUGCCACAAGGGUACUAGCAUACACGCUGGACACUACGUGGCGUUCAUCCGCAAGAUAGUAGACACCCAGGUGCCGAAGUGGGUGCUUUUCAACGACGAGAAGGUGGUUGAGGCUGGCGAUGUCGAGGAAAUGAAGAAGACGGCUUACGUCUACUUCUUCAAUCGUGUCAUUUCCACAUGA